GCUGGGCCAUAGGUAGGCUAGUCUCGCGGCUACUUCGCCCGCGAACAGUCGCGGACACGUGACCGUGACAAAUUCGUCGGUGUUAAGUUAGAAAUACAUUAUUAAUCCUAAGUUACACAACAAUCCACCGCUAUGGAUCCCGAAGCCUUCUUAGACCUGGCCAACCAGGUCAUAAAGCUGAAAAUGUACCCGUACUUCGAUAUAGCGCAUUCAUUAUUAUGCGCUCUAGCGGUGCGGGAAGAUUUGGGGACUGGUGCACAAGCAUUCUCCAGGAAACACCCGCUAGCAUGUUGGCUGUCGACGAUGCUGGUGAUAUUCGCGGGCGGUAUGGUGGUCAACGGUUUGCUGGGUGAACCUAUUCUAGCGCCGUUGAAGAACACACCGCAACUAGUCAUAGGAACAGUCACCUGGUAUGUAGUAUUCUACACGCCUUUCGACGUAGGGUACAAGGUCGCCAAGUUUCUACCAGUGAAAGUAGUGGCGGCAGCUAUGAAAGAGAUAUACCGCGCCAAGAAAGUGUACGAUGGAGUCACGCACGCUGGCAAGCUGUACCCCAACGCAUACGUCAUCAUGAUUAUCGUGGGUACGCUGAAAGGUAACGGCGCUGGGUUCACCAAAUUGCUGGAGCGACUCAUCCGAGGAGCAUGGACACCUACAGCCAUGGAAACCAUGCAGCCCAGUUUCUACACGAAGGCUUCGCUGGUGGCCUCGGUGAUCUUCGUGCUGGACAAGAAGACUGAUAUCAUCUCCGCCCCUCACGCACUUGUCUACUUCGGCAUAGUCAUCUUCUUCGUUUACUUCAAGUUAUCUUCAAUCCUGCUCGGCAUACACGACCCGUUCGUGCCAUUUGAGAAUCUUUUCUGCGCGCUGUUCAUGGGCGGCAUCUGGGACUCACUGGCCAAACUGCUGGGCAAGGGCCAGCCCAAGGAAGAGUCCAAGGAUGCCAAGAAAACUAACUAGUUUUUUUACGUCGCAGAGACUCGUGAUUUCAUUUACCAACUGACACCGACAACACCAACUGCGACGUCAUCCUUGGAAGAAAAAAAAUAUAAAUUAUAUAAAAAAAUAGAAAAACCCUGAUAAAUCUUUAAAAAAAUGGCACAACGACCAAAGUUUGGAUUUAAGUUAUAAGUUUGACUAGUCAUAAAUGUUAGUAUUAUACGUAUACGGUGAUUGUUUCUAUAUGUAUUUGUGUGGUUUUAAUGUUUCUGUUACGGGCACAGUGGUUAAUAGAAAAUGAAUAAUGCCUGGGCAAUAUGAUAAAAGCACUGAAAUAUAACAUUAUUGUUUUUUGACAUUAUUCAUAAUGUCUGAGUAUUAUUCAUAAUUCCGCGAUUAAUCACUGUGAUUUGGGGUUAUCAUUUUACAUAGCACAAAGCUUGGUUUUUUCCUAUUUAUUUAAGCAUGUUGUAUUAUUAGGAUAGAAAACAAGUGCAAUUAAUUUAAAAAUUGUACUAAUAUUUUGUUAUACGGUAGCACAACUAAAUAACAUUAUAAGUAUUAAUGUUGCCAAACUACUUAGUUAUUUUUUUAAAUGUUGACAUAGUAAAAUUAUUAUUAGAUAUUAAUUUGAUUUUAAAGCUGUGACAUUAUUAUUGACCUAUUACCUACGCACAUAAUAGUAGUAGAUAUAUUGUAUGGAGACGAUUUGUCUAGUAUUCCUAUUAUAAUUUCAUAUAACUUAAGUAUUACUUACUUAAUUUAUUUUAUUUAGGUAAAGAAAAAUAAUUACUUACCUAUCCUAUUUAUUAUGCAGCGUGUUACAUAUCUAUGGGAAAGUGUGAAAAUAAAAAUAUUCGAGCGUUGUAACUUUUAGUUAAGAUUUCGAAACGAAUUACGAAUCAUCCGACUUCCUUUAUAAAUAUUAUAUUCCUUUAUAAUAGACGCAAUGUAAGUAUAAAAUAUAAACUUUAACUGACGAAUAAAUUUGACAUUUUGACAGAAUGCUAAUAGAGAAACUGUCAAAACGUAACAUUUGUUCCUCAGCUAUUGGUGAUUGAAAAAUUACAUACCUUCAUGAUAAACUGACUUUUAAUCAUUCUCUUAAUUGUUUAACAAUGGACAAUAAAAAAAAACUAGGUUCAUAAUAUGAACCUUUGGACAUUGGUACCUAGCUACAUUAAUUUUGAACUUCAUAUUUCAUGAAAAAUCUGACUGAAUCGCAUGGGUGCAAGCGGUGAGGUUCAUUUAUUUCGUGAAAAAAAAAAAUAGCCAAGCCCUUUUUUAGCCAUGACUGUAAAAACUGUUUGGUACCUAUAUUGUAAAGGAAGGAAUAAAUUGUUUUAUUGGUU